GUGACUCGGAGUAAGCCAAGUUGGGUGGCAAUUCGAACUUGUUUUUUGUUAUUAGUGGACUUGGAAAAAAAAAGAGACACACACAACAUAUACACUUUUUCUUCAAUGGCAGCCGUUCUCGAGAAAAUCGCAAAGUUCGCUAUCCCUGCCGGUUUGGCUGUUGGUGCCGUUCAAUCGGCCAUGUACGAUGUGCAAGGUGGUCACCGUGCUGUCAUUUUCGAUCGUCUUCAGGGUGUGAAGCCCCAGUCGACUGGUGAAGGUACUCAUUUCCUCGUUCCAUGGCUCCAACGCGCCGUGUUGUUCGAUGUUCGUACCAAGCCCCGCAACAUUUCGACCACCACCGGUUCUAAAGAUAUGCAGAUGGUCAGUUUGACCCUUCGUGUUCUCCACCGUCCUGAAAUCAAGACCUUGCCCGUCAUUUACCAAAACUUGGGUCUCGACUAUGACGAGAGAGUUUUGCCCUCCAUCGGUAACGAAGUAUUGAAGGCUAUUGUUGCUCAGUUCGAUGCUAGUGAAUUGAUUACCCAGCGUGAGGUUGUUUCGGCCAAGAUUCGUGAAGAGUUGUACAAGCGUGCCAAGGACUUUAACAUUUCAUUGGAAGAUGUCUCUAUUACCCACAUGACUUUCGGUCGCGAAUUCACAAACGCUGUCGAACAGAAGCAGAUCGCUCAGCAGGAAGCUGAACGUGCCAAGUUUGUGGUCGAGCGUGCUGAGCAUGAGCAACAAGCCGCCGUUAUCCGUGCUGAAGGUGACUCCACUGCCGCCGAGUUGAUCUCGCAAUCGCUUGCCAAGGCCGGUCAAGGUAUCAUCGAAUUCCGUCGUAUUGAAGCCUCCAAAGAAAUCGCCGGUACCUUGUCUGCUUCCCGCAACGUCACUUACUUGCCCAGCAACAGAAGCGAAGGCAGCAACAUGCUCUUCAACGUCAGCACUUGAGUUUAAAGAAAUCAAGAUCUAUAAUUUUAUCUUUUCCAUUUUCUUUCUAUCUCUCCUUUCAUACAUAAAAAAAAGUACGCUUAUCAUUGGG